AUGGCGCCUGGCGCCGGCAACAAACGCAAGCGGGGCGAUUGGAAUAAUGAUGGCUCUCGACCCUCCCCUCACCGGCCUGGAAAUCUCAACCUCGCCCAGCAGCAACAAAGCCAAUACUAUAACCAGUCACGGGACGGAGGAGACAAUCGCGGCAGAGGAGGAAGAAGAGGCAGCAGGGGAAAUCGCAACAGCCGGAGAGCAAGCGACGGGCCUAACUUUCAGCAAAAGGAAAGUUUAAAAGUGGCCUCGCCCUUCACCCCAGAUGAGCCCCGACAAGCUCAGUGGAACGGCCUGCCGGCGCGCGGACCAACAGAGUCGCCAGCCCCGCCGCCUGUGAUUGUGAAGAAAACUGAACCAUCCUCCUAUGCCUAUGAUUUCGUUACCGAUGAUCACGUAAAAAAUUGGACUUCCACAGGAAGACAACAAGUGGUUGACGUUGGCGUGGGGCUUUGUUCAAAAGAAGAUAGGAUUGCUUUGGCAUCCUUGUUUCAAGAGCUUAUCCAGUCCGCGUUUGAUGGCCGAGUACCACCGUCGGAGUGCGGGACGGUGGUGAAGCUAAUUACAGGCGAAAGACCUGCUUCCAAUGAAGAAGUCGGCAUCGUUUCACAUCCCACCUUUGACAGCCAUUCCAUUUUUCUCGAUACCCUUUCAAUUCUAACAGAUGCCGACCCGUCACGCAACAACCUACGUCCGCUAGUACUCUCCACUGGAAUUCCCCUCUCUCUUAUGCGCCUCCAACUCGACACACCACUGCUACAGGCCUUGGGCUUGAUCCGAGACACUUUCAGCCGCAUGGGCAUUCGGAAACAGACAAACAUUCUCUAUCGACAAUCUAAUUAUAACCUGCUUCGGGAAGAAUCAGAGGGGUAUUCUAAACUCCUGACUGAGCUUUUUACAACUAGCAACAACGAACCUCCUUCCAGUGAGGUUGUUGAAGAGACUUUUGAAAGAGUGAAAGCAAUGAUCGGUGCCUUUGAUAUGGAUGUCGGCAGAGUACUCGAUGUAACCUUGGACGUGUUUGCCGCCGUCCUGAUCAAACAAUUUAGAUUCUGCGUCAAGUUUCUUCGCGCGAGCUCAUGGUGGCCGAAAGAGGAUACCGCUGCACAAGGCGGUGCUGAAACGGGGUUACCAAAGUGGGCCCUGCCUGGAUCUGCUGGCUGGUCGACAUCUGACGAAGAACGAAAAGAAACUCUCCUCUUAAACCAGCAAAGGGAUCGCGCUUUUUGGGAUAGAGUGAGACAAGUGGGGAUCAAAGCAUUCUUCGAAAUUGGGCGUCGUUUGUCCUCGGAUUGCGACGAGCAUACGUCUAUCUCUUAUCUUGACCCUGAACUUAACGACGAAACUAAAAAGUGGAUUGAACAGACAGGCACGUUGCCUCCCAAGGGCAACAGAGUUGCGGCGCAACUUCUUGGUUUCAAAUUACGGUUUUAUUCCUCCAGCUCCCGAAAUGCAACCGAUGUUCUACCGGAUAAUUUGAUAUACCUUGCGGCUCUCUUGAUUAAAGUCGGCUUUAUAUCGCUUCGUGAUCUGUACCCUCAUCUUUGGCGACCGGAUGAGGCAAUGGAGGCCCUUAAGGAGGAGAAGAUGAAAGAAAAGACAGAAAGAGAAAAGGCCGGUCGUCGUGGAGGUGGCACAAUGAAUGCACUGAUGAUGGCUGGGGCUCUAGCAGAUGAUACUUUGCCCCUUCCCCCUAGAACUCGAGGGCUUGAGACGAGGUCUGCAACGCCAGCCAAGGAACAAGAGGCAGAUAAAGACAAAACGGCUCCUCCAAAAGCGGAAGAAGAACAAUUGCCGGAGCCGGCCGACCAAAAGGUUCUAUUGCUCAAAAGCCUACUUGCCAUUGGUGCCCUGCCGGAAUCUCUAUACAUUCUUGGGCGCUUCCCAUGGCUUCUUGACGGCUACCCUGAAUUACCGGAGUAUAUCCACCGUAUCCUCCACUAUUGUUUGCAUAACAUCUAUUCGUCGGUUCAACCGUUAUCGUCGCGAACUGAAUUGAAGGAGCGCAGAAAAAUUGUUGGCUCAGAACAAGGCGCCGUAUCACAGGGACGUGUACGCUUGUCAGAUGCUGCCCCCCGGCGUGUCCUUCGUUGGGCGCUAUUAGAUAAAGAAGAUAUCGAUGGAACCGACUACCGAUUCUACUGGGACGAUUGGACUGAUAGCUUACCUGUCUGCCAGUCCGUUGACGACGUGUUCGCGCUCUGUGGGUCAUUGUUAAAUCUAUCCGGUGUAAAGAUCGGUCAAGAUCCCAGCCUGCUGAUUAAAUUGGCGAGAAUCGGGAAACACAGCUUGGAUGAGGAUACAUCAGAAUCGAACCGAAAUCGAUGGAUCGAUAUGUGCAAGCGUCUUUUGGUUCCAGCGCUAAGCUUAACAAAGAUGAACCCUGGAGCUGUCAACGAAGUAUUCGAGCUACUCAGUUGCUUUCCCCAGAAUGUCAGGUUUUCUAUCUAUGCCGAAUGGUAUUUUGGACAAACUUCUCGUUUGCCUGAUAUCAAAUCUGCGUUCGAUCAAGCGAGAUUUGAAACAAAAGAUGCGUUAAAGCGGCUAAGCAAAACGAAUAUUCGACCUAUGGCGCGGACUUUAGCGAAAAUCGCAUAUGCCAAUCCCGGAAUUGUCAUAAACGUGGCAGUGAGCCAAAUCGAAUCUUAUGAGAACCUCAUCGAGGUUGUUGUCGAAUGUGCAAGAUAUUUUACAUACUUGGGAUACGACAUCCUAACAUGGUCUCUAAUUAAUUCUCUGGGUCAUAAGGGGCGUAGCCGCAUGCAAGAGAGUGGGCUCUUGACGAGCAGGUGGUUGAAUUCCCUGGCGUCCUUCGCUGGAAGAGUCUUCAAAAGAUACUCGAGCAUCAUGAAUCCGGUCCCAGUUCUGCAAUAUGUUGCGGAACAACUUCGCCACAACAAUUCAACUGAUCUCAUCGUCUUGGAACAACUGGUUAGUUCGAUGGCUGGGAUUGUGACUGACACCAAUUUCAACGAUGCUCAAGUCCAAGCAAUGGCUGGUGGCGAGGUGUUGCAGUCACAAACCAUGUUGCAGCUCCUCGACAAACGUCACGAGUCCAAAACUACUUCCAAACGUCUCAUGAAAGCACUUACUGAUUCGCAACUUGCCGGUCAACUCCUCAUAGCCAUCGCCCAAGAACGAGUCACUUGUGUUUUCAAAGAGACCGAAGCAGAUGUCGAGCUCAAGCUGCUUGGCAAUAUCUUUGACGAAAUACAUCGGGUAUUAACACAAUACCUAGAUCUGCUUCGGGCCAAUUUCACGGAGGAGGAGUUUGAUUCGUUUGUGCCCGAUGUCUCAUCACUUAUUGGAGAGUUUGGAAUUCAAACGGAAGUUGCAUUCUGGAUUUCUCGUCCUAGUAUUGCACAUCGAAUGCUCGAGUACGACAAGCAACAACGUGAAGCUACAUCGAAGAAAGCCGAAUCGGAGGCAGCAACGCCCUCCAAAUCUCCAGACACGGACGUGGAAAUGGGGGAAGCCGGGGAUGCUACUGAACAAGCAGGAAAAAUUGACUCCGUCGACUCGAUGGCAGUUGAUUCGACUUCUCAGGAGUCACAGAAAGCCGACCAAGAAAGUCCAACUAUUCCUCCCACUCCAGCAGUAAAUGGAAUAACCUCCACUUGGCACCCUGUUCUUGAUGAAAUGAUGGAAACCAUGAAAUCCAAAUUACCGAGUGACUUGUGGGAUGUCGUGGGUUUACCAUUCUAUACCACUUUCUGGCAGUUGUCGCUCAACGACAUCUACGUUCCUCAGAAAUCAUAUGAAGACGAACUUGAGCGUCUGAAGAAAAGGGUGAUUGCUAUCUCAAGCGACCGGUCUGAUUUGAGCAUGGCAGGAUCGCAAAAGAAGGAGCGUGAAAAGAAGCAAGUUAACGACUUGCAUGAACGUAUCCUCCUUGAACAUAAACGACAUGUCAAGUCAUUUACUCAAACCCGUGCGCGGCUUCAAAAAGAACGGGAAAAAUGGUUUGCAGGAAUGAGAGGGAAACAUGACGCUCUUAACCUGGCCAUUAUUCAGCAGUGUCUACUCCCCCGACUUUUAUUGUCUCCUGUGGAUGCCCUUUACUGUUUCAAAUUGUUCAAGUACCUCCAUUCCUCUGGGACGUCGAAUUUCAGGACUCUUGGUCUCCUCGACCAGCUUUUCCGUGACCAGCGUCUGACGAGCAUUAUUUUUCAAUGCACUUCAAAGGAGGCGGAUAAUCUUGGUCGAUUCUUAAAUGAGAUCUUCCGCGAUCUCAGCAGAUGGCAUGCCGAUUCUGCGGUUUACGAAAAGGAAGCUUAUGGUGCGAAGAAGGAUCUCCCGGGGUUCGCAACCGCUGUCGACGCAGAAGGAAAGCCGACUAUCUUUCUAAGCUAUGAGGAUUUUCGACGUAUUCUUUACAAAUGGCAUCGCCUUUUCGGUGCAGCCCUAAAGACGUGCUUGACCGGGGGCGAAUAUAUGCAUAUUCGCAACGCGAUCAGUGUCCUCAAAGCUGUUGUUCAGUAUUUCCCUGCUCUUAACUGGAUUGGUACUGACAUGCUCGCAAUUGUGAAUCAUCUGAAAACGUCUGACCCUCGUGACGAUGUGAAAAUCCCAGCAGCAUCGUUGAUUGGGGAUCUAAACAGAAGGGAAAAGAAAUGGCUACUUCCUCAGGCAUUUAUGCUCAACGUGCCCGCCGACAGACCAGCCGGGGCGAAGUCCACUACGCCGCAAUCUCGGUCGGCAACUCCUAGAGCACUCAGUGCAACAGCACCAGAGUUCAAACCAUCUAGUGUUCUGCCAAAGUCAAAUGGCACUGGUAAAUCCGAAGUCGAGGAAGGUGAAGUGGAGGAUGCACAAAGAAUUGCUCAAGCUCAAAAGCCUGCAACGAUUCUUUCUCCACCAGCUCCAAGUGAACCUACGAAUCUCCCGGAAUCAACCGUAAACGACCAAAAGCCAAACGAGACGGACCGACAAGCAACUGAAAUUAAAGAGCAAACGUCAGAACACCUAACCCAGCUACCACCACGUCCAGAGCGUUCUCCGAAUGAGUUUCCAAAAGAGAUGCAGCCUUCAAGCGGCCCAAGGAAUACGGUCCCGGAAUCUAGAGCAGAAUGGAAAUCACGAACGGAACUAGCUCCGUCUGCUAACAUACCCAAACGUCCCGAACUAGAAUUUCGUCAACCGCCACCCAACCUGCCAAACAAGCCCGAGUCCCACGGUUCGUAUCGAGACGGACGGAUGCCCGGCAAGCCGUCAGAUGGUCUUGAGAGACGAGACGUUCGAAGAGAAGGACGUGAGACAAGAUAUCAAGACCAUUCACGACAGCCACCGCACGGUCGGCAGGAAGUUAUCGGUGAUCACCCGCAUCCCGGUGACGCCAGAGUGCACGGCCGCCCUGGUCAUGAUAGAGAUCGAAGAGACUCCACUCGUAUCGAACGGGAUUUUGGGCGCCGCUUGCCUACAGAAGAUCACUUUAGCCGACCUAGUCCCCGAGAUCCAGCAGCUCUGCCCCGUGACCAAGAGCACCAUGAUCGACUGAAUAGAGGUAGAUUGAAUCAACCUGAUGCGUCACAUCCAAGAGGGGACUCUUACCGCCAAUCCCGCGAUGAUAUGAACCAAUCUCGAUUAGGGGACUUCCAGCAGUUCCAUGAUCAUAAAAUGGAGAUGAACCGUGACCAUGUUCCGCCAGGAAGACUGCAAAGGGACGACAGACGACCUCUUUCGUCACGACCUCCAAGCCCACCCAGAGCAGACGAUAAUCGUGGCAGGUUAGAUAAGGGAGACGAUCGAGAUGAUAGAAAGAAUUUUCCCCUACAAUCAUCUCGCCGUGAUGAAGUGCCUCUCGGGCCAAGAGGGGAUAGGCCUCAACCUACUAUUCCUGAGAAUCGCCCCCAGGCAGAUUUUCCGCGUGACACACGAGACUUGCGGCAACCACACCCACCUUCAGACCCUAACUAUGGACGUCUAAAUCAAGAUUCAAGAUAUCCUCGUACGCAAGAAAACUUUGACCGGCCUACUGACAUUCCAUCCGGACCAAGGCGAACAUUGCCUGGGCGCGGCGCAAGAGCUGCUCCGGCACCAGCACCGACACCGGCACCGGCACCACCGCAGGUCACACCGACAUCACGUACCGAUCGCCACCUUCCAAGUGGACCCUCUGGAUGGACAGGCCAGAGACAUGGCCAACAGCAAGAUCCCGCUCCGUCUUCGAGUGCAAGUGUUCCUUCGCCGCUUGACACUUCGGGCAUUCACCCGGACCGGCUACGGGCCCUGCAAGUCCCGGAUCGACCGUAUGGUCCAAGCAGCCAACCGCCAUCUCCUGCACCAAUCUCCGCUCCUUCAGGCCCUCGUGGCGCACCACCUUCAGGCCCAUCGCCAACGCGGCCUUCGGCUCCUGGCACCGGAUUUGCCAAUGAACGAGGCCGAGGUGACAAGAGGUUUGCUGGUUUGAACAACAUGCUGCAGCAAGGUUCUGGCCCUCUGGACCGAGGUGGUCAGGGAACUAUGAUCAGAGGACGAGGUGCAGUUGGUCGCCAGAGCGGCUCAGCGAAUGCUCCGUCGCCGCAAGUAACUAGGCCACAAACGCCUGCAGAGAACCAAAGCGGAAUGGCUCAAGGCCCAGGAAAGCCGGACUUGUUCCCUUCUCGGGCAAACGGCGCGCCUCAACACACUUCUCAUCGCCAAGAACUUGAGGAGGAAACGCGCAGAGUGGGACGAACCGGUCGUAGAAGUGAAAUUAUGGGCGAAGCCGCAUCCCAAGCGCGGGGCUCACCUCGCCAGAGUUCCAGUGGGACUCAUACUCCAGAUCGCCCUACAGAUCUCGGCUCUGACCGGAUUGCUGAUCGAGACAGGGGUCGUGAACGAAACCGAAGAGGCGAUGAUGAGAUUACGAGAGGCAGUGAAUCCAAGAGAGAAGAAUAUAGAGAGCGUCCAAGGGAGAGAGACCGUGAUCGCGAUCGCGAGAGAGAAAGAGAAAGUAGGGAUAAAGAUCGGGAUCGAGACCGGGAUCGGGACCGUGAACGUGGUCGUGGUAACGAACCAGCAGAUUACAGAGAUGAGACGCGAAAUUCGCAAGAAUCCUCCAGAAGGGUUAGUCAACACUUGGAUAAUUCCCAAGCCCAGACUCCAGGAAGGAGCAGAAGAGAUAAACGCGAGCGCUAUGAUGGUCCUGGAUCACAAAGCGGCGGACCGUUUGAUACCUCUGGCCGCAUUACCGCGAAUAAAUCUACACCACAUCAACCGCCGCCUCCACCUCCACCACCGCCUCCCGCGUCGGACGAUCGCAGAUGGAGCAGAGGCGAUGACCGAAAUAGGGACCGUGAGAUACGCGAUCGCGAACGAGACCGUGAUCGUGGUGAUAGGGAUCGAGAUAGAGAUCGCGAUCGAAGCCGCAGGGAGCCUGGCAAUGGCCGUGGUGGUGGCAGCGGUAACCGAGAUUCUGGAACUACUGGUGCUCCAGUCAAUACAUGGACGCGGAAACGUGGGCGUGGGGUUCCUGGGAAUGGCGAUGAUGUACAGGACCAGGGUGCAUCCAUGAGAGCCGCGAGCGAGAGUAAGAGAUCGAGACGAUAA